AUGGAAUUAUGUUGUGAUUAUAGUGGUGUAUAUAACAACUUCUUAGGUUUGACUGAAGAAACACGCAAACAACAGCUAGAAAGUGUUGCAGCAAUGACUGGUGUUGGCUUAUGUUCUCGAAAAAUCAUUUCAACACUUCGUCAAAAUGAUGAAUCAACACUAGCUCUUGUGGAUGAGCUUCAGAAAGAAAAUUUUUUGUACAAUUAUGAAUGCGAUAAUGAAGGAGUAGUUACUUACCUAUUUUUUGCAUAUAAUAAGUCUGUAGCCCUUACUCGCCAAUAUCCAUUCAUGCUUCUCAUAGAUUGCACUUACAAAACUAAUAUAUUUAAAAUGCCUUUAUUGAAUUUUGUUGGGUGCAUUCCAGUAACACAAAUUGAAGAAGGUAAUUCUUAUAAUGAAGACUUACUCCAGCCUCUUUUACAAAACCUAGAACAAAGAUACUAUGAAUGCCCCGAACAUCAGCAAAUGUAG